AUGGCUUCAGCAGCGGAGGUCAAGCCCACAAUUCAUGACCCCGACACCCUCGACCACAAGGAAGCCGGCGACACUGAGAGGAAGAGCACUCUCUCUGGAAAUGGCCAUCACGACAGCCCAACGGACUUUGCCUCUAGCGAGGCAGACCGCCAGCACUACGGGAAAUACGGCACCUACGAUCGCUACGAGAUCACAGAGGAGGACUGCUAUGACGAGCUGGGCUUCUCUUUCCCAUCAUGGAAGAAAUGGACUAUUCUCAGCAUCGUGUUCCUCGUACAGGUCAGCAUGAACUUCAACACAUCGCUUUACAGCAAUGCCGUCACUGGCAUCUCAUCUGAGUUUGGCGUCAGCGCACAAGCGGCGCGACUUGGUGCUGCCCUCUUCUUAAUUACCUAUGCCUUUGGCUGCGAGCUGUGGGCACCCUGGAGUGAGGAGCUGGGAAGGUGGCCAAUCCUCCAGCUGAGUUUGUUCUUUGUCAACAUCUGGCAGAUUCCUGUGGGAAUUGCACCGAAUUUCGCCACUAUUUUGGUCUGUCGCUCACUUGGUGGUCUUUCGACUGCUGGUGGUUCGGUGACGCUGGCCAUGGUCGCUGACAUGCACGUAUCUUCUCCUGCAUGUACACAAAGAGGCCCACUAACAUGUUAUAGGUGGGAGCCUGAUAACCAGCAAUAUGCCGUAGCUUUUAUUGUCUUCUCGUCCGUUGGCGGAUCAGUCCUCGGACCCAUUGUUGGAGGUUUCGUUGAACAGUUUCUAGCAUGGCGAUGGAACAUAUGGAUUCAGUUGAUUUUUGGUGGCGCGGUUCAGAUGUUGCACGCCGUCUGUGUCCCAGAGACUCGCACAACCAUCUUGCUCGAUCGCAUCGCAAAGAAGCGCCGUACGGAGGGCGAGAAGAAUGGCAAGGCAGUCAACAUCUUUGGACCCAACGAGCUCAAAAAUUUCAAGGAGCGCUUCAGCGCACGGGAAAUCAUCAUCACUUGGGUCCGUCCCUUCCGCAUGUUUCUUACUGAGCCCAUCGUCUUGGUCUUAUCACUGCUGUCUGGUUUCUCCGACGCCAUCAUCUUCAUGUUCCUCCAGUCCUACGCGCUGGUAUUCGAACAGUGGGAGUUCUCGGCCUCGCAAAUCGGCCUGUCAUUUGUCGCCAUUGGGAUUGGAUACUUCAUCGCAUGGUUUUCCUUCUUCCCAGCAAUCAAGCGUAAUAUCCGAUUGCGGACGGAGAAACCACAGGACGAGCACGCACAGUACGAAGCUCGACUCUGGUGGCUACUGUACACUGCCCCUUGCCUUCCCAUCGGCUUGAUCAUCUUCGCAUGGACCUCGACCGGACCACCCAUCCACUGGAUCGCCCCUCUAAUCGGCUCCGCCGUCAUUGGCAUCGCAAACUACGCAAUCUACAUGGCAACCAUCGACUACAUGAUCUGCGCCUACGGCCCUUACUCUGCCUCUGCAACCGGCGGCAACGGCUGGGCCCGCGACUUCCUCGCCGGAGUCCUCACCCUCCCCGCCACCCCCUUCUUCUCCAACAUUGGCGGCAAAAACCACCUCGCGUACGCGUCGACGAUUCUCUUUGCAAUCUCCCUCCUCCUCGUCGUCUCCGUCUACAUCAUCUACUGGAAGGGCCCCGUUCUCCGCAAACGCAGCCCGUUUGCCCAGCAACUCAGUGCGGCCCGCGACGAGACGGGCGGCCGCCGUGUCAGCAAUUUACCGGGCUUGUAUGCGGGUUCGAGGCGGAAUUCGUCGGUUGCGCGGCAGGGGGGUAGGAGGUCGAGUGUGUCGGCGGGGUUGCAGGCUGAGAAUGCGUUUCAUCGGGGGGCGGAGGCGCAGCGGGAGAGGAUGGGUGGUGGGAGGUAG